GUCCCCGAAUGGAUGUUGAGCUGCCGCAGAGACGGAGAAGCAAGCGAGCAGCGCCAGGAACGAUCCGUGCAUUGUCAUCGUGUCCUGUCCGGAUAAUCAAAUCCGGAUAUAACAGAUCAGAGUGAUGGUCCGUCACUUCAACAUCCGCAAAAUGGGACGGCAAGAGGUGAUUCCGCAACGGAGUGCGCGCGCGGAAGACGGCGCCACUGACGACAGGAAGGACGCCGCGUACUGGAGUCGGGCGUUUGUGAACCCUUCUAGAAGCCGCCAGGUCAGUCGGCUAUGGCCGGAGAAGGCGCUAGUGCUGACCGAUGGCGUGCAGCUCUUCGCACUCAUGUGGCAGCUAUCGCAGCCCUGGCCCUGGCCUGCUCGCUGGCUGGAGGCCACCCGUUGGGCCAACGCAUUCUCUCUUGACUUCUUCAGUUUCCGAGCCACAGGCGCUGCCAUGGGCUCCACGUCGCAGUCAUUUUCACUAUGGGGUGAGAUGCCUCAAUAUUGGCUCUACGCUCUCGCGUGGGCGCUCGUGCCGUGGACUGGAGUGUUGAUGCUGCAAGUGUCCAAGCGAGUGUGGAACAAACAGGGACGCAGUGACUACUUGCUGCUCGGUGUGACGUGGGAGAAUGUGUUACUGCAGAUACUACAGUUCCUGUAUGUGCCUGUGGGGCUGACCGUGUUGCGAUUGGUAAACUGCAAUGCUGAUGGCAAAGUGUCGGUCGAUCCUAUGGGUAUGACCUGUGGUAGCGUGGGGCAUGUAAUGGCAGUACUGGUUAUUACAUGUAUCAUGGGUGGGGGCUUUCUGGUUGGACUCCCGUGGACAUUACGCCGCCGUAUUCGAGAGUCGAUGGUUCAUUCGAGCGUGGAGAAGCACGAACGCUUUAUACAGGGAAAGGAGCUGGAGUUUAUACUCGGCACGUCGGAUACAUAUCUGGAGCUGUACAUGCCACAGUUUGCGUCUUUCCAUAGAUACUCAGCGGAGAUGCCAGUGCAGAUGUGCAUGAUCAAGUUGUUGCUGAUGCUUGUCUUCUCAGUUUUGCGGUCGCCAUGGCCUUCAAUGGUGAAUCAGGGGAUGCAAGGGUCGAUUUUCUUCUUUGUAGUUGUGGGUACGGCUGUGUAUAGGACGUGGAGAUUUCAUUAUCGCUGUGUGUCCACGUCUCACUUAGUCAUUCUCGUCGACUGGAUGCUGGUCGCCAACGGAGUAUUUGUGUUGCUUUGUGCAAAUGGUGUCCGCAGUGCACUUACAGUGUCAACAUCGGUGACGUCAUCGUUGACUUUCCUGAAUGCAUGUUUCUUGGUUAUGAUCAGCUUGAAGGGGCUACGUGACAUUGUAUUGUUUAAACUGUACCCGGAGUCUGCCAAACUAAAAGGGUUGUGUUGGCCAACCCAUGGCCAGAUGAAGGAUAUUGUUGACUAUGGACCGCAGGUAGAAUCCUGGGUGAAAGCGAUUCACAAUGCGCAGAAUACCAUUCUCGCGUCGCUUCUUGUUAUACCGUCUAUGCGGUGUUGCGAAGACUUAGAAACCGUGCUAAACCAAGUUGAACUCUGUUAUAAAGAAGCAGGUAGCUGUGAUCACUUGUUAAUGGGGCAACUUUACGAGGUCUCGAUGCACGUCCAUGAACUCUACGUGGAGGCAGUAGCGUCAAGUCCUUUUCAUCGCAUCGGUUUUCCAGCAAAUGAUAUGACCGAACUUACAGGCGUUCUGCAACGACGGAAAGAUCGGCAACUACUGCUUACAAGUCGAACUCGACGUGUCUUGAACAAGCUAAAUAUUGCAAGGAGCUGGUCGCAUCGAGCACGAUCGUAUGCAUUUGAGAAUACUGGCUGGAGCCGUGCACGCACUGCAGUUGGCGUUCAAAAGUUUCUGGACGCAGAAUCUGACAGUCACCAGGCUGGCUCAGCGCCAGCAACAACAGAUUGGAAAGCUGUGAAUUCUGUUUUCAGCCUGAAAUGCCCCGAAACAAAGGAUUCGGAACUUCUCAUAUCAGUGCUAGCGUGGAGCGAGUCGCUAGACUUAGUAAAGUGGUGUGCAAUGCAAGAUUUUUAUUCAGUGGGGAAGAGCCCUCAAGAGCAGUACUUCUCGCUGAAAAAUGCGAGGCAGUUUGGAAUUCAAGGAGGAAUAGUAUCGUGUGGAGUGGCAGACAGCAGUUUCGCUGUUUUACAAGCCUUGUCCAUCGGUGUCACUGAAUCAGAUGCUCUGUUAGCAUCUACCGAUGACGAAAUGCUCCGACCAAACACUCCAGCUUUGCUGUAA